CUUUUAGGAAGUGACCUGGAUCCAGAAUAUCAAAGAUAAUUUGAUUUAAACGCUGCCACUGUAAAGAUAAGAGAGAGAGCGGCACAGUAGGAUCGUGAGUGUGUGUCGGAGCAGCUGAUUCGUCUGUCAGCUGCACAGAAUUUGUGGAAUCUGAGAACAAAGCCGGUAUGAAGGAGUGGAAGGGUUACGAGUUGUGAGAUGACAUGCCGGGGAGGGAACACAUGAAGAUCAACGGCUCCUGAGCGCAGCCGAAUACUGAGAAAGGGAGACAUGCUGUCCAAGAGGUUGGGGACGAGGCUGCUGCAGAAAAAUAAAAUGUGCUCAGGACUGAACUUGUGAACCCAGAAAGGAUUGUUUGCAACAUCAAGAUAUUGUAUGUGUUCUGGGCAGCACUUGCCAACAUGGAAACAGUGUGACUUUUUGCCAGAGGAAUGAAUGAAAUCACUUUAACUAGAAGGAAGGGUGACGUGAGCUGGCCUGGGUCGUCGUCACACAACAGGAGUCAGUAGUGGGAACUGUGAUAGGCAGCACUUAUUCCCAGAGACACGCCAGGCUGCAGUCAUGUCGAACUCCCAGGAGCAGAGCCUCGAUGAGAAUGCCGUGUUCCUGCCGGUGAAUGAGGCCUCCCCGGAGUUCCUCCAUUGCGAGAAGGAGCGUCAAGCAGUGGAGAGGCUCCUAAAUGCAGGACCGGAGGCCUUCUACAGCUCCGUGGGCACAGAGCGCUCCGGCUGCUUCCUGUCCUCUGAAGAGGUCAGUCAGAUCACCAGCUGGGCUCAGGACUAUCGCUUUAACCCGCUACGGGUGCAAAGACAGGAGAACGGAGAGGAAGGCAGCUCAGAGACGGAGGACUUCUGUACCACAUACUUCCCUUCCCACUCUGACGCACCGACCCCGGACCUGGAGCUGGGCUGGCCUGAAAAAGGCCCCUGGGUGCCAAAGGGGAGCGUUACAGUCCACACCAAUCCUCCUGCUGAGGGAGAACCCUCAGUCAGACAGAUCAUCAGACAGCACUUGCAAAAGGCUGGCCAAGUAAUUGCCAUCGUGACAGACAGAUUGACGGACGGUGCAAUAAUUGGCGAUUUACAUAAUGCUGCUUCGCGGGGUGUCCCUGUCUACAUCAUCCUGAACCAAAGGUCCAUUCAAGAGAACUACACGCUCAACAGGCUCAGGCAUCCGAACAUGCGGGUCCGUGUUCUUGGAGGGAAACCCUUCUGUUCGAGGACGGGACGAAUGGUGAUUGGGGAAAUGAAAGACAAGUUCAUUCUGGUGGAUUUAGAGGCAGUGAUUCAUGGCAGCUACAGCCUCACGUGGACAGACGCCCACCUGCACCGACAGCUGAUCACUGUUCUGGGCGGCCCGGCUGUUGACUCAUUCGAUAGGGAGUUCAGGAUCCUUUUCGCUGCUUCUCUCCCCGUCCCAGACACAUGGAGGGUUGCAGGUACUCAUGUUGAUGUGAUGAGUCAUCAGCUGAAAGACCGCUCAGAUCUCGGGUUUAAAAAACAUCAACAUUCGGAGUUUGAGAUUACCAACCCUCCAUCCCCACCUGCUGAUUACCUCCUGGACUGGGAAGCCAUGGGGGUUGUCCAGAGAAACCGCUGCUCCCCGGACAGUCCUCAUGUUCAACACGAGGAAAUCAUGGCCAAGGAAAUACCACUGCAGAGCAAAGUGCUGUUGGAUAGAGAUACACCCAUUAUGGAGGGUUUUACUUACAAUGGAAACCAAUUUGCGGAUAAGAAAAGGGUAUAUGAAAAAACCUCUCCAGUGACAAACAAUGGGCCAUUUAAAUCGACACCUUUCAAGGAUCUUGAUCAUUCACAUAGCAACACACAGCUCUCGCCCACCAGCCCGACAGCUCAAGACAGAAUGAAAAGGGUGGAACAGAUAAUAAAUAAAGCCAUUUCCAGGCAACUCUCCAUAGAGAAGAGCACCACUUUAGAUGACAGAACAACAACAAGACUUGAUGACAAAGCAAAAGAACCAAUACACAAUAUGAUCAUACUGUCCUCUCCUAAGAGAAAAGAGCGCUCAAGGGGGGAGGUCUUCUUGGAAGAAGCAAGCUGCAUAAAUGAAACACGCUCCAAAGUGGAGAAGACGCCAUCUUCUAGAAAACCACUCAUCCUGAGAAUGCCGCAGUCUGAGAACUACAGCUCUCUGAGUGACAUCAUGAAGAGGAUUCAGCCUCAGCAGAGCACUUCAGGACUGCUCAAGAGAGGAGGAAAGGUCGCUAUGUCAGAACUGAGCCAGUCCAUGGUGGACCUGAGCGUACACAACACAGAUGAUGACAGGGGAGUCCCGGUGCCGAGGUUUAAGGCCAGUAGCUUUGACCCGGAUCACAUGACACCUGCUCUCGCCCUGAUGAGGAAGAGGAACGAUGAGUUGAAACCUUUAUUAUACAGAACUCCAAAAAACUUUCUGCCCAGAGAGAGGCCUCGCAGCUCCAGUUAUGGACUCUGGAGGAGGUCCCUGGCCGAGACGGAGGGAGAACAGGAAUGAGGAGCGACAUGUUCUGUAAUGACAUCUUCUGUCACCGAGGAAAGGCAGCUGCCAGCAGCGGAUGGUUACAACAUCUGCAGUGUUAAUCACCCAAACUAAGCCCAAAACAGGCUGUGACUCUGAGAAUAAAACCAUUGUUAUAUAUGUAGGAUUUAUAUCUGUUAAUUUGAUGUCCCACUGAAUUUGAUGAUUAGAUGUUUCACUGUACAGUAUAUACAGUGUGUUUGAUGCAAGGCUUUAUGACUUUAUAUGUUUAAAUAAAUAAAAUUGUUCUGUUAA